AUGGCAGCUUCAAUAGUUCAUAUUCCGUUGUCUCCAAUGACCUUGGAGAUCAACUCUGUUUCUUCGGAAUACGUUACUUGGGUGUAUCGAUGGCGAAAUGUCGAUCUAUCCGCCGAUUUCGAGACAUAUUCCCAAAACUUCGGUCAUCCAGAUGGUUGGGUCUGGCGCAUGCUGUUCCAGCAGAACGUGGAUGCCAACGGCAACCGUGUCUACGGGAUCUUCCUCUACGUUGUCAUGACCGACAAUGAGCUUCAAGAGCGAACAUGGACUCGUGACAUUAGAUAUCUCCAAUUUGUCAUCCUUAACUCGGAAGGCCGACAGCUUAAGGACAAAAGCACAGUUGCUGUCUACCGCGAGAACCAGCUAUCAUGGGGCUUCCCCGGACUACUCGACAACAGCAUUCUACUCCGGGACCCUGUGGUGAAUUCAAGACGCACGAUUGACAUUGUCUGUCGUCUACGGUACCAUCCUGACGGCGAGAAGAUGCGAAGGCCUCUCAGUCCUAGUAUGACUGGGUCCUUGCUCGGUGGUUCCAUGAUUGGCGCCAACCAUGCUGCUGCCCGUGCAGCAUCUACUCCAGCAAGUUACUGGGACCAGAAGGCUAGUGGUGUAGCUGUUGUAGAUCCGGUAGGAAAGAACCUUCGAACUUUGAUAAAUAACCGAAAGUUCUCGGACUUGGAAUUGGUAGUCGGACCCAACAAACAAAUCGUUCACGGGCACAAAGCGAUCCUUGCGACAAGAAGUGAAUGGUUUGAAGCUGCACUGAGGCCCGGAUUUAGGGAAUCGAGGGAAGGAAGAAUUACCUUGCCGGAUGAAGAUCCCAAGAUAUUUGAGGCUUUAUUGGAGUUUUUGUACACGGGGGAGUAUCCUCUCGCUUCGAUCGAGAACCACGGGAUUCCUGGUUCGCCCAUGAUCACGACAAAGAAGUCUAGUUCUCCGGAUGGUCUGCAUCUCUCUCCGCGCUCCCCUCCUAAUAUACCUCCUCGUGGAUUGGACGAUUCUGCCUCGACGGUCGGGAGCUCCUUUACUGAUGCUCAACCCCCGACAGAAGACUCCUAUGAAUACAUGAACACUUAUGACAAUGUCGACAUGAUGGACGAAGAUGAAGAACUCGACGAGCAGAAAUAUGCCCUAUUUCUUAUGGCUGACAAAUUCGGAAUUGCGCAGCUCAAGAGUCUUAUCCGAGUCCACCUCACGAAUGAGCUCCUCGACCUCUCCAGCAGCAGCCCUCCAGGAAGCAGGUUAUUACGAUUAAUCAGAUUCGCUUUUGAGGAGCUUCCCGAAAGCACAACCAGCAAAAAGAGGGAUAGUGGGAUGGGGUCGUCAGUUGGCAGCAACGGGAUGAUUGACAGGGAGCGAAGCCCUAGCGGUGGAUACACCCACGGAUAUGUCUACGGCGGCGGCUCCGGCAGCGGAUAUCCACCAAGCGACCUCACGGGAGUGGCGGGCUCUGUUGUCGAGAAGCGCGAGGGCGCAACCUCUGCCUUCGGACAUACAUCGGAGGUCGGCGAUGGCUUGGCAAUGAUUGAGCGUAGGAGCAACAGCAGACUCAGCAACGUCAGCAGUAUCACUGGUAGUGCAUACCGAGGCGGAAACAGCUACGCAAGAGAUAACGAAACCGCUAUCCUUAGGGAAAACAUCACUACAUAUGUGGCCAAGAUGUUCCAUGCGGUCAGAGUCUUGGACGGGUUCGAUGAGAUGUUGAGGGAAGGUGGUGAGAUGGGAGGUUUCGCACGGAAAGUCAUGGACAGCAUGUUUAGACCUUAG